CCAGGAACAAAUUGCCAAUUCAGCUCCAGUAGAAGAAAAUAAGGUUUUUCCAAUGGAUCCUCUAGCAUCAUCAAUCAGCCAGUUUGCCCUGGAGUGUAGCAAAGAGCUAGUCAAAUCUGCUGAGGGCAAAAAUAUUUUCUUUUCACCCUGGAGCAUCUCAACUUCCUUGGCCAUGGUGUAUUUGGGGACCAGAGGUACCACUGCAGUCCAAAUGGCCCAGGUGCUUCAAUUUAACAGGGACCAGGCUGUCAAAACUUGUCCUGAAAGUGAAAAGAAAAGAAAAAUGGAAUUCAACUUGGGCAAGGCUGAAGAAAUAUGCUCUGAUUUCCAAACACUCAUUUCAGAAAUCCUCAAGCCCACCAAUGCCCAUUUACUUAAAACAGCCAAUGGGAUAUACGGUGAAAAAACAUGCCCGUUUCACAACAAAUAUUUAGAAGAGGUGAAAACGUAUUUUGGUGCAGAGCCGCAGUCUGUUAACUUUGUGGAAGCUUCUGAUCAAAUCAGAAAGGAGAUCAACUCUUGGGUUGAAAGCCAGACUGAGGGUAAAAUCCUUAAACUCCUGCCUGAGGACUCUGUGACUUCUACAACCCGGAUGAUUCUGGUGAAUGCCCUUUACUUCAAAGGAACCUGGGAACAUCAAUUCUCAGUGCAAAACACCACAGAAAAGCCUUUCAGAGUAAAUGAGACUACAAGCAAACCAGUGCAAAUGAUGUCAAUGAAAGAAAAACUUCAUAUUUUUCACAUAGAAAAGCCACAAGCCACAGGUCUUCAACUCUACUAUGAGAGGCGUGAUGUCAGCCUGUUUAUACUGCUGCCAGAAGGAAUCACGGGACUGGAACAGCUAGAAAAGGCCAUCACCUAUGAGAAGCUGAAUGAGUGGACCAGCGCAGACAUGAUGGAGUUGUAUGACGUACAGCUGUCUCUGCCCAAGUUCAAGCUGGAAGAGAGUUAUGACCUCAAGUCAACUCUGAGCAGUAUGGGGAUGAGUGAUGCCUUCAACCCGAGCAAAGCUGAUUUCUCAGGAAUGUCUUUAGAGAGAAACCUAUAUCUGUCCAAUGUUUUCCACAAGGCUUUUGUGGAAAUAAAUGAACAAGGUACUGAGGCUGCAGCUGGCACAGGGAGUGAGGUGGAUGUUCGAAUUAAACUCCCCUCCAUUGAAUUCAAUGUAGAUCACCCAUUCCUCUUCUUCAUCAGGCACAACAAAACCAAUAGCAUCCUCUUUUAUGGAAGAUUCUGCUCCCCGUAAACCUUGCAUCUCUCAUCAUCAAAUAGGAUCAUCUUACAGUGUGAAAAAUACAUCAUAAGAUGGACAAACCCAAUUUUCUCAAAAACGUUCUUGUAGACUAGAUUUUUCCAUAUUUGAAUUUAUGUAAAUAAAUCUUGAAAUAAUGCAUUCUAGCGAUCCUGUCAGCUAGAGAGAAUAAUAAUUUUUUAUUUUUACCACUUAAUCCUUUGUAUCAAUGUAACAUUCAUUUACAUUUCAGAAGAACUAUGUCCUUCACUUGAAUGACUUGCAAUUCUUGAGAUGCUUGUUCACUGUGUUGUCAUUGUCACUUAUCAUAUUUCACAUACAUCAUUUAGUGAAAAAAAUGUACAGGAGAUAUGAUAUUUAUAAGGAAAAAUUUACUCAAGAAUAUCAUUUUGGUGGUUCAUAAAUUAUCACUGGAAAAUUCAAUUCUUUUUUUCCUAUUGAUUAUUUAAAAAUAGUUCUAUUCACAUUAAUGGAAAAACUAGUGAUAUGUAAAUGAAAUCUGUGGUUUAGUUAAUAGCAAUGUAUUAAUGUUGUUGUCUUAGUUUUGACAAUUGUACCAUUGUACUGUAAGAUGUUUGUAUUAGGGGAAAUUAUAUUAGGGGUAUAUGAAAAUUCACUGUAUUAUUUCUGCACCUUUUCUGUAGAUCUAAAGUUAUUGCAAAA